CCGGCGCGGCGGCGGCCGGCGAUGCGGUCGCCUAGCUGAAGGCGCGGCGCGGUCCGCUGCUCUCCCGCGGGGCUUGCCCGUCGCCGGGCCAUGUCCGUCCGCGGCGGCAACGCCCUGACGCCUUUUUCCAUCCAAGCCAUCCUCAACAAGAAGGAGGAGCGCGCCCGCCACGCGGCGGGGCGGCCGCCGCCCCCGGGGUCGGCCGGCGGCUGGCGGCUGUGCGGCGCCGCCGAGGACCCGCCGCGCGCCUCGCCCGCCGCCCGCGCCGCGGCCCUGCGGACGCCGGCGGGCUGGGACUCGGACUCCGCGCUCAGCGAGGACCCCGAGGGCGAGCGGCGCUCCGAGGAGGAGGGCGCCGGUGGCCGCGCCCGCCCUGCGGAAGCCACGGGCGGGGGGCGGCCGGCGGCGGGGGAGGCGCAGCCACCGGAGGCGGCGGAGCGGGACGCCACCGGCCUCAGCGACAGCGAGAUGUCGGCCGCCGUCUCAGAUCGCAGCCCCCCGGAGGAAGAGGACGGAGCGGGCAAGUGCGGCAAUCUGCUGCCGGGGGAGGAGGAGGCGGCGGCGGCUCCGAAACCGCGGAAGAAGCGCUCUCGCGCAGCCUUUUCCCACGCGCAGGUCUUCGAGCUGGAGCGGCGCUUCAACCACCAGCGCUACUUGUCGGGGCCCGAGCGGGCCGACCUGGCCGCCUCGCUGAAGCUCACCGAGACGCAGGUGAAGAUCUGGUUUCAGAACCGGCGCUACAAGACCAAGCGGCGGCAGAUGGCCGCCGACCUCCUGGCCGCCGCCCCCGCCGCCAAGAAGGUGGCCGUCAAGGUGCUGGUGCGCGACGACCAGAGACAGUACCACCCCGGCGAGGUGCUGCGGCCGCCCUCGCUGCUCUCCCUUCAGCCGUCCUACUACUACCCCUACUACUGCCUUCCCGGGUGGGCUCUGUCCACCUGCGCUGCAGCUGCCGGCACCCAGUGAGAGGCACACAUACAUACCCCCCCGGCACCGACACCCCCACCAUACACACUGGCAGCCAGAAAACCCAUCUUCCCUCUGCCACCUCCCCAUCCAUGAAUCC